AAGCACAGAGGGAGGGAGAACGAUCGACGCCGAGCAACGAUCGACGCCGAGCAACGAAGGAAACGAAACGGAAAGAGCAAAAGAGAAAGAGACCUAGAAGAGGGCAUGGCAUCCACAUCUACCAGGAAUGAGGAGAAAAAGGGCAGCUGGCAGCCUCAAGCUGUAUCCUCCUCCAGUGGAGGUCGGAAGGUUUCAGUAUCUCGUUCUGAGGAAUUCCUGACCCGGAUCAGCACUGAACUUGCAGAUGAGGCCUUGUUUUGGGCCCGCCGCCAUGUGAACCCUGUGCCCAUUAAGGAAAAGCAGACACAAGACCAAGGGACUCAGAUGUCCAGACAUGGGUUCUUCACCAAGACCCGAGCCACAGACACCCGCUCCGACCGAAACCGUACCCGCACCAAGGGACACCUUCUGCCCUCCUCUCGUGAAAAGAGCAUUCUUCAAAACUCUUUUGCAACUCGUUAAACACCAGUUUUGGGGGGGACUUCUGGUCAUGGGCAGCAUCACCCUGAAGCCUCCAAAGUGUUCUGGAACCAUCACACCACUCUCCACCCUCAGCCAGCAAGGACACCGCCAGGAGUAAAGGCGUCAAUAAAGAGGCAGGGAUCCUCCCCUCUCACCGACUCA